CAUGAAUUGUCAGCUGCGCUAUUUUUCGUUGUGUUCCUGUAAACCUGCUAAAGUGAUCCAGGAUCAGUAGCUGCAGCCGGUCGCUAUGGUUUUCAACCCCAACAUUAAAACGACGAACGGAUCCAGAAUCAGCCAGCUGAGGCACCGGAUGUGGGAGAAAGCCGUUUUCGGGAGCGAUUUCUACAGGAAAUACCUUUUCGAUGUGAGGAGCAUUUGUGAAGGGCUGCCAUUUUACCGAGCUUACGCAGAAUCAGUGAACCAUGGGGGUCAAACUAAUGCAGCUGACCUCUAAGUCCCACCAUGAAAACAUCCUGUCCUCUCUGCACCAGCUCAUGCUGCAGGGGCACCUGAGUGACGUCACAGUGCAGGUGGACUACCAGGGAGACACGGCGGAGUUCCAGGCACACAAGGUGAUGCUUGCGGCUUCCAGUGGCUACUUCAAGAAGAUCCUUCUCUCGCAGGAUGAUACCAGGGACAAAUUACGUCUCUCAAAUAUGCAUUCCAAACAUUUCUCCAACUUUUUGGAGUUUGUGUACACGGGAGGAGUUAAGGUUGCCCGAGACACGAUUGUGGAUGUUCAAGAAGCUGCACAAUUUCUAGACUGUGAUGACCUGUUGGAGGUUUGUGCUGAGGCCAUUAAUGCUAAAGCAGUGAACAAACCCACAAAGAAAAAAUGUAAGGUUGUUGAUAAAGAUGACGUUUAUGAUGCGGCAACAGAAAAUACAACCAAAACGAAGAACUUGCCUAAAAGCUUGACUCUCAAGAGAAAGCUCCCUGCACGAAGUUCUGAGAAAGACGUUGUUUCGAAAAAACUAAAGACGAAGAAAACGGCAAAGGAUAACACAACGCAAGCAAAACGGCUUAAACUGAGGUUGGAUGGACGCAAAGUCCUUCAGAGGAGUUUAACUACUAAAAGAGAGCGUUCCAACGACAAACAGCUCAGCAAAGAAGGCACAGAGGAGGAUGUAGACAGGACUAACGCUGAGGCGCCGCCAGAGACUCAUCCAGAGAAAGGAGAUGAAGAGGCAUGGAUGGGAAUGCCAGCUGUCGAUGACGAUGAUGACUGGGAAUGUGAGGAGGAUGAGCAGCUUAGUGAACCUGAAGACGACAUGUUAAAUACGGGAGAUGAAGAGGAGAAGGAGGUGGGGAAGCUUAAGAAGCCAUUCAAAAGAACAUCCAAGGCCCAGUUCCAGUGUGACAAAUGUCAGCGGACUUUCCACUACGAAAGAAGCUACUUAAAGCACAUCAGCACUUAUCAUGGAGUUCAAGCUGAUGUCAUCUAUCGCUGUGAGACCUGUCAGCAGACCUUUGCUAACCGCAGCAACCUGAAGAUCCACGAGAAGCACGUUCAUAGUACUGAGAGGCUCUUCGCUUGUGAAUCCUGCUCAAAGACUUUUAAACGUAAGAAGGAUGUUGUCCGCCAUCAACGCCAGGUACAUGAACGCAACAACUCUCGACAUGUCUGCCCUGACUGUGGGAAGACGCUCAGCUCAAAAACAGCCCUGCUGUUGCACGAGAGGACACACACAGGAGCAAAGCCUUAUCAGUGCACUGACUGUGGGGCCAGGUUUACCCAGAACUCUGCCCUUAAGAUGCACCGCAGGACUCAUACAGGGGAAAAGCCAUUCGCAUGCGACGAGUGUGAUUCACGGUUCACUCAGAAGCACAUGUUGGCCUAUCAUAAGAGAUCACACACAGGAGAGAAACCAUUCAUGUGUGAGGCCUGUGGGAAGAGCUUUGCAUCCAAAGAAUACCUGAGGCACCAUUCAAACAUCCACACGGGGUCCAAACCUUACAAGUGUGAUAAGUGCGGGCGAGGCUUUGCUCAGAGGAAUUCUCUCCACCAGCAUUUAAAAAUACACACAGGUGAGCGCCCAUACAGCUGUAAAGAAUGUGAUAAGCAGUUCACCCAGCUGAACGCCCUGCAGAGGCAUCAACGUAUUCACACAGGAGAGAAGCCCUACAUGUGUGGUCUUUGUAAACGCACCUUUACAGACAAGUCUACCCUACGCAGGCACACUAUGAUUCAUGAUGCAGAUGCUCCCUGGAAAAACUACCUUGUGGUGCUGGAGGGAAAUGUGGAGGAAAAGAAACCCAAAACACCCACGAAGGAAAAGAUAGACAGAUCAGGCUCAGGGGAGAAGAAGGGCAAUGGUCGAAAAAACGAUGGUACUGCUACUUCUGAUGUGGCUGAUAGAAUUGCUGGGGGUCCUGUUAAAACCGACGCUGACUCCAUUCUGGUGCAGACUGAGCCUGUCACUCUUCCUUCAGACUGGAGCACUCGUGGGGCCAUCGCUCUGGUCAGCCAUGGUGCCCUUGGUGGGAUCACUGUCAUCCACACUGAGAUGCCACCUGGGACCCAGAUCCAGCCCAUCAUGUCUACGGACAACACAGGAGCCAGCGUUAUAACCUUAGAUGGAACAGCCAUCCCUGUGCCCUUCUCCAUACCCGUGUCCAUGUCUCACUCUAUCCCCCUGUGCUCUGAAGCGUCCUCCACCUCUAUGUCAGUGCCGUCGCUCAUGGUUCCUGUUUCUCACAGCAAAGAGAUCCACACUGUUUCCACCUCAUCUGUCCUUGAAGCUGCCGCCUCACAAACCAUUUUAGCUCCAGAUUCAGAGACUAAAGCCUCUACCUCAGAGGCAGAACAACUGCCUCCUGAUAUUCAGACAGUGGUUAUUACUGGAAAAGAACAAACAGCAGCUUCCCCUGAAAAUGGACAGCAAAGGACAGAAGAUGAGCUGACAGCUCAACUUGAAGGCUCCUGAAGACUCAGGAUGCUGUGUAGAGAACGCAUGAAUUUAAAUGAUUUAUUCAGGAUGUAGCACAUUUAAAGGCUUUAUAUGCGUUUUGUUUUGAUCCAGCAGAUGUCGCCCUUGAGCACCAGCAUGAAACCAAAACAACUUGCGGUGCAUUGUGGGUUAGCAUGCUAAUGCUAGCGAUCUUUAUUAUGCUUGUAUCUUCACACUGCAUGUAAAUUUACCUGAAAUGAGCGUGAUCUAGAAACGCAGUUAAGCAGUGAGUACAGUAUGUUAGUCUUCUAUUCUCUAGUCCCUCAAUUAAACAACUUUUAUUCACGAGGGGAGGAGUCAGCCGGCCGGGCCGGCUAUGUCAACAAACAGAAAAACUGAAAACUCUGAAAACAUCACAGACAGUGGGACUCGAGUUAUUUUUAAAGGAGAUACUUGAUUUCUAUUAUAUUUAAGUGUGAAAAAUCGCAUCUAAAGCCUUUAAAAUCCAAUUCAUAUAUCAUGAGCAUCAGUCCAGUAUUUUAAGAACAGAUUUGAAUGUGAUUUUCACUGUUUGUGUCACUCAUUUGGAAUGUCAAGUAUUCAUUAAAAUGACAAGUCACCUU